GUCUUGACUCUCAGUUCUUGCGCCUCGCCCUCUUUCUCUCUCUCAGCCUCUUCCCUCCUUCUCCUCCUCCUCGUCCACCUUCGAUUCUGCAGAGGCGCUGCCAUUGUUACGCCAUUCGGCCUCGGAUGUAGCUUCUGUCCUCCGCCUUGUUAGGAUACACGUCCUACCGCUGUACGAUCGAUCCUCCGUGCAUCUGUCCAUUUUGACUUGCCACUUGACUGUUGGCAGUUGUACAUUCCUUACUUAUUUUCCUACUUGAUCUCUACCACCCUUCACUUUGUUCCAUUUGUUCUGUCUUGUCAUUGUCUCGAACACGCCGGCGCGCCGUUGCUUUUUCUCCCCCCUACACUUGUUUCUAAAACUUCCGACAAACUAUCGACCGUCCAGUCCGCCACGCUCGAACUGCGCGAGACAAGCCUUCACACGCAUCUGUUGCUCCUUCCGCACUCUCUCGCGCCGCGUGUCUCUCCCGACCAACGUUUCUUCCCCGACGUGUUGCCGGCUUUCAGUCAUAUAAUCGGCAGACCACCUCGCCUUGUACAUUCGUCAACCUUUUCGUGUUCCCGUUUCUUUCGAUUCGAUCCUUUUCCAACCGACCUACCUACCUACCUGGUGUUGCAUGCGACGUCCCACCUCGGACUUUCAAACUCGACUUGCCGAAUGCCAUGCCAACAUAGAAUCGCUCUCGACGUACCGCGACCCUGGCAUUGUCUUGUCAUCCGUUAUUGCGACUGCCGACACCUUCGAUUGCUUAUCCCCCUGCUUUUCCUUCCCGACAUUCUUCCAGGCUUCGAAAGCCAGACAGUUUCAACCCUGGAUUUAGUUGCUAUAUUUCCCUGUCAAGAAACGGCCAUUUGAGCGAAUCUGUCCUUGUUUCUUUUCCAAUCAUUUGGGCCAUCCGCCGUCACCUAUCAUUUGUCACCUCUUUGACAAGAACUGCUGCGCCCGCGACGCAGUAGGACAGCAUUACCACAUCUGGGGGGGUCAAACAGCGUCAAUGCGCCACUGAUCGCGCGGUCGGACUGCUCCUCUGGUGCCUGUCAUUUCCACCGACAGCAAGGAUCCCUGGGGACCAGCUGUGUGCUUUGAUCCCCUACUUUCCAUUUUCUCCAAAACGGCUGGCGAUCCAAGCACACUUCCUUGUUGUAAGCCGGUCGACCAAAACCUGAAUGCUUACAACUUCCUCUUGAGAGGUUCAAUUGGGGACCACUGCGCCCUCAACACCUCAUUGCGACUUUUCCUCUCUGUCUCCGUCUUUCAGUCAACAUGGCUGUCUGGGAAACCGAGGACGAGUCCAGGGGUGAUGCCGCCGUGACGGCAUUGCCUACACCCCAGGAUACACCCUACAGAACACCAUCACGAAGCUCGAGAAAGUCUCGCCGCUCAGCCACCCCUCCAAAUGGGAAGAAGAGCCCGUCACCUCCUCCCGUUCCCCAUAACGACAAGGGCUCCAAACGCUCCUCCCGAAAUAUGACCAACGAAGAUGGUAUCAGUGUCCUCGAUCCACGUCGUUUCACUCCAACCUUGCACGCCAACCUCGUUGCCGAAAUCCUGAACUUGAGGCGAGAUCAAGAAGAUAAGGCGAAGCUCAUCGAAAAUCUCGAGGUGUCUUUACAUGCCUCGCGCCAGGAGCAGGAGUCGCUCCAAGAGUCGGCAGCCACCGCCAUCAAAGAGAGUCGCUCGCUGCAACGUCAAUUGGCCCUACUCGAAGGCGGCACCUCCUCGGCGAUUGGCGAGCUUGCCCGCGAGAGGGACGAGGCCGUUGACUCCAUCACGGAAGCGAAGAAGAGGCUUGAAGUCGCUCAAAGAAAGAUCCGAAGCCAGGAAGAAGACUCGCAAAGGGUUCACGACCUAUGGGCCCAAGACAAAGACUCCUGGGAGGAAGAGAAGCGCAAGUAUGAACGCAGAGUCCACGUUGCCGAGAGCCGCUUGAAGGCGGUCCUGGAUGAGGUCGCCGCCUACCAGGCUGCUCAGGCCAACGGCAACGGUCACGACAGCGAAACGGAGGAUCAAAAGGACAAUGAUGCGGCGAGCGUCCGAACCAUGAGCAUGACCAACAGCGUCCGGUUCUCCAUGCAGCAGAGUCCCGGCAAAGUGUUUAAUGGCAACUCUCUGGCCGAUGAACUCAACCUCGAAGGCGAUGACGACUGGCAAACCGAUGAUGGCGGACGUGAGAGCGCCCUUUCCUACCACCGUCACACCCGAACAUUCAGUCGCGACAGCGUUUUGUCGAGAAUUCAUCGAAGAAACCAAAGUCUGGAAAGCCCUCAACGCCCGGGAAGCGUUACUCGAGGCAGACUUUGGAUGAACCAGACAGUUUUGGAGGCACUGGAAGACGGGAUUCAAGAAGAUGACGAGGAUUUGAUGCCGCCCCCUCCGCCGCCGCCGCCAAAGGUCACCUACACAGACACUGGCAUUCAGUACUCGCCUCCUCCGUCACCGAAGCUGGAGCCAAUCAAGCCAGCAACACCCGAACCCCCCGUUCGGACGGAGAAACUCCCGGAAGUCGAGGCCACUCCCAGAGGUGAAUGGGAGGUGGAGGCCAACCAACGGCGCAAGCGCGUCCACAUCAACCGACCGUUGGCUAUCGAGCCGCGCCCAUUCCACCAAAUGGUCUCGGCGGGCUCGCAGACAGCCGAGGAGCCUCUGAGUCCUCCCAAGACGCCCAAAUCGCCGUACAGGUCCAUGACACCGCCCCCUGAGAGCCCACCCACCGUAAUGGUGUCGACCUCGACACAGACGGACAAGCCCGAGGAGAAGCCUCAGUCUCCCCCGGUCUUACGACCGACACAGGAACUGACCAUUCCAAGCAUUAGCAUUAUCCCGCCCUCGAGCCGCCCAACGACGCCGCGGGAGCCACGGCUUCCGCAAUACUUCAAAGACUUUGGUUGCCAAGUGUCAAUCAUCUCUUCGGUAGAGACACGGUCUACUGCUGUCCAGACCGAAGAGAUCCUUUCAGAUAAGCGACUGGCCAAUCUCCCGGUUCACUUGCGCCCUUCAGCAAUCACAUCGAGACCCUCGUCUCCCGUCAUUGCAACCGCCAUCACGACCGAUGACCCACGGCACUUUACUCCUGUCCCUGGACAACUGCCGCCGAGGAACCCGAGGAGACUCACUAGCAAGCGCAGCCUUACGGAUAUGCCCUCAUCCCCGCCCGUUUCACCCGUUUUUGGGGAGCAAACCCGUGACGCCUAUCCCGGUAACAACGAUGACGGGCCCUUGUCAAGCCAUACCGCGCCCAUGCGACGUCCGCAUCGCUUCAGCAGUCUGUUCGCUGGGUUUCAAGACGCUCAGAGCUCUGAUGAGCAGGACGAGUUUGAUGCUGAUGUGAGCGACUCCGAGUACCGAACCGCCCUGUCCGCUCCUGGAAUGAGAAUGACGGACUCUCGGGCCUCUAAUCGCACAUCUGUCAGCACAUUUGCGGCAUCACCGGAGCAGACCAAGAAGUCUGUACCCAUGAGGGGCUCAGUGCGUCCAAUCGGAACCGAAAGUUUCAGCUACAACCUGGACAACAGAGACAUGGCCGUCAAGAAGCCCCCGGCGAAGCCUACGGUCAGGGGCUACGAGAAGACUUCUGUUGGGCCGUCCGGCAAGCAGAACGUCAUGCGAAAGGCUGCCAUGAUCCAGAGCGGUAUUGCCAGCCAUCAGGGCCGCCCCAGAAGCCCCAGUCUUCCGGAACCUCGUGAUCCUCCUUUCCCUAUCCCAACCCGGGCCAGCUCUCGGCGACCACCGUUCAGUGCUAGUGCCCCGAGUGAUGGCCAGCGGAGCCCGACAAAGAUGGACGCACCGUGGCAUCGCCGAGGCAUUGGUCGCAGCCACUACCGUGCCGGCAGCGUUCACCGUACUAACAGCAUUCGCAAGGUACGAUCGGCGGCCGCCCUUCCCCGGAACCAGAGAUCCCGCAGACAAGGAAGCAGGUCUCCGCCUCCCUUCUCGGAAACGACCGAAGCGCCAGAGAGCCCAAGCCUGCCGCCUCUUCCAUACAACGAUAUUACCAGCCCUCGGUACGACACAAGCUCCCACUACAGGUCGCACAAGUCAAGGCUGUCGACUACGACAGCCCGGACCGCCACAACGGACGUCAACUCUGUCGGCGGUGCUUCCAAUGGCGCCUCUCAAGCCACUGGAGUUGUCGACGCCAUAGCCCAGACCAUGGUUGGCGAAUGGAUGUUCAAAUACGUCAGGAGACGCAAGUCAUUCGGAGUGCCCGAUAGCGGCAAGGACGAUUCCAGCAACGACCGCCACAAGCGAUGGGUUUGGCUGGCUCCUUACGAGCGGGCCAUCCUCUGGAGCAGCAAGCAGCCGUCAUCUGGUAGUGCUUUGAUGGGCAAGACCGGCCGGAAACUAACAAUUCAGUCCGUGCUCGAUGUCAAGGACGACAACCCUGCUCCCAAGAACCAGGGUGCUGUCUUCAACCGUUCGAUUCUUAUCUUGACGCCGCAGCGAGCGUUAAAGUUCACCGCCACGUCUUCUGAGCGACACUAUGUGUGGCUCACGGCGCUUUCUUUCCUGGCACAUUCGACCCAGGCAAUUCCAGAAAUCAUUGCGACUCCGCAACCUGUGAAGGAAACAACGGUACCGGAUUUCGAACCGCCACAACCAACCAGGCGACCUGGCAUUCGUGACUCGAUUCGACUGACAAAGAGCAAGGCCCCCCCCUCGGUUGUUAGGAGCGCAGGCCCGCCAAGUAUCCCAAGUGUUCCUAGCAUUCCCUCGUCAAGGACAGGCGAUGCGUCCGGUUACAGGCAUGCGGAGGCAUUCGCGACCAUGCCGAACAACAACCAUCAGCGCGAGCAAUCCGGAGACGCGGCCGAACCCCCCUUCAUCCCUCGGUUCACUGAGCGUUCAAACCAAACCACGGUCCAUGGAAGAAAACGAAGCAAUACCGGAGGCCAUGUCCCACCGCCGCUCUCCUUCCGCGGCUUUUCUGGGCCGGGCAGCGUUGGGCAACACAGCUACACCAACAGCAACGCUGGUAACAGCGUCGGCACGGCAGGAUCAUCAGACAUAUACCAGUCUCAACCGUCGCAGGGUUCGAGCAGACAGAGUUGGGGCAUCAGCACCGCCGGCUCCCAGCGCACGUCAGAAGCCUCGUCACGGCCAGGCGGCAACUUCUUCGACGCUAUCGGCACAGUGCGAAUGGAAGCCUUCAUCAGCCCCUUGGCGUACUCAGGAUUUGACAGAGACCCCGAUGAGCACGAGGAAUACCGGUAUCGAGCCCGAAGACGGAGCAAAGAACUUCGACGUCGACAGAGCCGCAGCCGCCACCGAGACAGCUACAGCUCUCGCGGCACGCGUGGCACAGACGGCUACCAUGGCGGUAGCCGAGUGGCUGGAGAAGAAGACUACUUCAGAGAUGACCCGUUCAAGGGCUUCUAACCCCUGGGGCGUUCAGUCACUUAAAUCGUUCCCUGUUGCGAAAGGAUUGGACCGGAGCGCGCGGGAUUGCAUUCUUUCGAUACCCAAUUGUGUACUAUUUCUUGUGUGUAAGUGAGGUAUGUGGUUGUUAAACAGGACCAUGCCCCAGGACAGCCUUUGUGCUCGGAGUUUGGAGAGGUACAGGAAGGCAGAUGGCUGCCGGUAGUAAGUAUGUCUUCGAAAAGACAGUUUGUGUCUGAUCAGGUCACCAAGCCGCAGACCGCGGGGGCAUCAUGGAAAAGAUGAUGGGUUGUUGAAUUGUAAGAUGUAGUCGAUUCGGAGGGAUUGAUGUUAGCUUCGCUCUGUAGAUAGGUCCUCAGGGACGGAUGUUAAUCAUUCAAAUACCGUUCAAGAUACAUUUACCUAGUGCGACAGUAUGUCUGUGACGGGAUCUUAGA